AUAACGAAACACCCGUACAAAAACUUGCCCGAAAAAGCGGUAUAGUGCCUUCGGCUUUACCCAACGUGCUUCAAAACAACGCUAUCGCGACGAAUGUGCUUUACGCCGUAAAAAACAUGAUGAAAAUUGAUGAUCCAGCAAUCGUUGUACAAUGGAAUGACCCAGGAUUCAACGAUGUUCCCGCAAUGCCUGGCUGUAGAAAUGGUGUUGCUGGACAAACACUUAAUGCGAUUGUAGCCCAUUUUACAGCAAACGGAGGAACAGAUGUCCUGGGACAAAAUACCGUUUUUUUGUUUCGAACAAACAUUGAUCUUGGAUUUUGUGAAGAAAACCUCCCCCUAUGGGUUCGCCGUCAGAAUGGUAUUCCAGACGUAUGUGUUUCUGCCUUCGUGAUACAUAAGCUAACCUUGGGAGGGCAAAUCGACGUUGCACCUUUCGGUUAUGCGUUUAAUCGUUAA